CCGCUCGGCGUAGGGAGAGGCGCGUAGCUGCAUCCUCCUGGGCGCCGCUUUCGCGCGGCGGGUGCUGCGGCGGCGGGGGUUUUCUCUGCCCGGAUUCCUCGUUGGGCAGAAGAGCCUGGUGCCGGGGGCGGGACGGGCAAGAGAGCGCUGCAGACCCCAGUUCUUUUGCCUAGAGCUGUGUGUGUGUAGUUCCGGGCCAGUCGGAGGCUGAGAAGCGGCGGGGGCUGCCGGCAGUGCCCUCCCGGAGGGCAUCCUCCUGGUGAUGGAAGAAGCGGCUCCUGCCGCCGCGGCUGCAGGGUCGCGCUGCGCCCCAUCUGCCACCGCCAAAGAGAUGGGAAGAUUCGGGGCGCGGAGACUGAGAGCGAGAGAGGCGGAGCUGCUUUGCCGGGAACCGGGUCCAGUAUAAGCCCCCUCCCCCCCUCAUCUCCCUCGGCCAGCUUCAUCCCCCAGAGCGAGGAAGGAAGCUACAGUCCCGAGAGGGCGGCGGAGACGCCGCUGGAGCCGGGCGCCCUGAACUCGGCAGAGCAGAAAGCAGGGCUCCGGGCCCGGUGAAACUUUCCCUUCCCCAGCCGCAGGGCGCCCGCUGCCCAGAAACUCUGCUCAGGGCUUGGGCUGCCAAUUCGCGCGGCCCCCCUCGGAGGCGUGGGGACCCCAGGCGGAAAACAGCUCUCGAGAAAUCGAGGAACGAGUGACAGGACUGAACGCCAGGCCGUGCUCCUGGGCCGCCCGGGGGCGCGCCCGCGGCUCCAGGUCCUUCUCGGAGCCGCUGCCAUGGGAGAGCCAGUCUUGGGCGCCGGGGACCAGCCGCCGCUGCUGCCGCGCCCGCCUCGGAGCCGCGGCCCCAGUCCCAGCGCCCGAAGCAGGGCCGCUGAGGCCCCCUCCCGGGUUACAGGGCCGCCUCCGCCGCGCUGCCGGCCCGGGUUGUGCCUGUGAUGAGCCGCAGCCCGCCGCGAGCCCUACCCGCGGGCGCGCCCCUCGGGUUGCUCCCAGCCGCGCCCGCCGCCGGGCCGCGCGCCCUGCUCCCGCCGUGGCCCCGGCGCCUGGGUCGCCGCUGGCCUGCGUCUCCGCUCGGAAUGAAGGUGUUCCGCAGGAAGGCGCUGGUGCUCUGCGCGGGCUACGCGCUGCUGCUGGUGCUGACCAUGCUUAACCUCCUGGACUACAAGUGGCACAAGGAGCCGUUGCAGCAGUGCAGCCCCGACGGGUCGCUGGGCGUCGUGGCGGGAGCGGCUUCGGGCGGCUGGGGGCGUCCAGGGCCUCCUCCAGCCGUGCCGCCCCGCGCACACACCCGCUUGGAUCCCCGGACCCCAUACCGCCCGCCCGCCGCCGCCGCAGUCCCGGCAGCUCCGGCAGUCGCGGCCGGGGCGGCGCGGGCCGCAGCCCCGCCAGGUAAUGGCACUCGGGGCGGCGGGGACAAGAGGCAGUUGGUGUACGUGUUCACCACGUGGCGCUCAGGCUCGUCCUUCUUCGGCGAGCUUUUCAACCAGAACCCCGAAGUGUUCUUCCUCUAUGAGCCGGUGUGGCACGUGUGGCAGAAACUGUACCCCGGGGACGCCGUUUCCCUGCAAGGGGCGGCGCGGGACAUGCUGAGCGCUCUCUACCGCUGCGACCUCUCGGUCUUCCAGCUGUACAGCCCCGCCGGCAGCGGGGGCCGCAACCUCACCACGCUGGGCAUCUUCGGGGCGGCCACCAACAAGGUGGUGUGCUCCUCGCCGCUGUGCCCCGCCUACCGCAAGGAGGUCGUGGGACUGGUGGACGACCGCGUGUGCAAGAAGUGCCCGCCGCAGCGCCUGGCGCGCUUCGAGGAGGAGUGCCGCAAGUACCGCACGCUGGUCAUCAAGGGCGUUCGGGUCUUCGACGUGGCGGUAUUGGCGCCUCUGUUGCGAGACCCGGCCCUGGACCUCAAGGUCAUCCAUCUGGUGCGGGACCCCCGCGCGGUGGCCAGCUCUCGCAUCCGCUCGCGCCACGGGCUCAUCCGUGAAAGCCUGCAGGUGGUGCGCAGCCGGGACCCCCGAGCCCACCGCAUGCCCUUCCUGGAGGCCCCCGGCCACAAACUGGGCGUCAAGAAGGAGAGCAUGGGAGGGCCGGCGGACUACCACGCGCUCGGCGCCAUGGAGGUCAUCUGCAACAGCAUGGCCAAGACGCUGCAGACGGCCCUGCAGCCCCCUGACUGGCUUCAGGGCCACUACCUGGUGGUGCGGUACGAGGACUUGGUGGGAGACCCCGUCAAAACCCUGCGGAGGGUGUACGACUUUGUGGGGUUGUUGGUGAGCCCCGAAAUGGAGCAGUUUGCCCUCAACAUGACGAGUGGCUCAGGCUCCUCCUCCAAGCCUUUUGUGGUGUCAGCCCGCAACGCCACACAGGCCGCCAACGCCUGGCGGACCGCCCUCACCUUCCAGCAGAUCAAACAGGUGGAGGAGUUUUGCUACCAGCCCAUGGCCGUGCUGGGCUACGAGCGGGUCAAUAGCCCCGAGGAGGUCAAAGACCUCAGCAAGACCCUGCUCCGGAAACCCCGACUCUGAGAGGGGUUCCGGGGAGACCUGACUCCCUGUGGGGACACCCACAGAAGGAUUGUGGUGUGUUUCAACAAAAAUCAGCCCAGAUCCAAACUGAGGAAGCCCACAUAUUCUGUUAUAGAUACAUCAUAUAAAUGCACAGGCACUCGCUGUCAAUGUUUUGAGUCAUGGAAUUUCAAGCAACAGCCACAGUGCACACACAAUCUCAGAAAAGGCGAGACUUGAAAGUUCUGACCACAGCUGCCCUUCUCUCUCUCUCCUCUACCUUUUCUUCCCCUCUUCCCUCCCCACCUUCCAUUUUGAAGUGGGAUUGUUGAUUAAAUCAAGAUCGGGUAACUGCAAAUCUUGUUUACAAAAUUUUCGUGGUAUCUGUGAACGUGUGGAGGAGUCUUUGGAUGUGGGGGCAGGGGUGGGUGGAGAAAGGGGAAGUGGUCCUGGAGCGAAAGCCCCAUUGGGCAUGCUAAACCAAGGAGGCAUUCUUAUGAAGUAGACUUUUAUGUGAAAAGCAAAGGUCAUACAUGAGUAUUAAUAAAGAAGAGAAUAAAUAAUAUUCUUUUUAAAAAAUAUUUGCCUCCAUUACUCUGGAUUUACCUGUGUUCCUUGUCCUGUGCAGCUUCAGACAGAAGCUUCCCUUGUUCCCACCCUCUUUCCCCCAUCUGUUUCCUAGGGAACAGUGAAGAUGGGUGGGAGCAGCCUCUGACUCCUUGAUCCCUACCUUGGAGUUGUUUUCUCCCAGGUAAACCAUAGCCUGUCCGGUGCCCAGGAAUGGGAACACAUCUUCGAAUUCUGAAGGCAAAAAGCAGGCAGGGCAGUGGAGGAAAAAGCAUGGCACUACUUUCCACUUGGGGCACAGAAAGGAAGAAGUAACCCCUUGAGGGUUUGGAGGCAUUGGGUUUUGAUUACCCUGGAGUUACACUGAGAAACCUUGAACCAGAGACCGAUGUUUUGGUCCUGAGUUUAGUUCAGAAACAGGAUUUUUACUUAAAAGAGAAGUAAGUAGUUCAAAAACCAUCUGAUGGUGUGAACACAAACCUCAAAAAUUAGUGUGAAUGUUUUGUUGGCAAUGGUAGUCAGCAAGUUCUUUGGUUAGAAAAGUGACACGAGUGUCUGAGUUUGGAAUGUUUCUGCCUCUGACACAGUCCACGGAGGCACAUGAAAAGGGAAGUUUUUGAUCUGAGAACUGUAAGGGCGCCCACAGGCUAUCCCCCCUUAUUCCGGGCUUCCUAGCCAAAUUAAUGAAAAGAGAAUGUGAAUUAAUAAUGGUUUACUGGAUGCCUGUGGGGUACAUUGCUUUUCUUUAUCAUGUUUCCUAAAAGUAAAAUUGUGAAGUAGCUACAUGUUCUGACAUUAUAAGGCUUCAACCAAGAGCUUUUAGAUAUGAAAAUAAAUUAUGGGGAGGAGGAAAUGAAAGUGAAUUAUGAGUUAGAAGGUUGGAUUUUGGGAUUUGGUAUUUUCUAGGGGGAAAAACCAUUGCAGUUUUCCUGUAAUGGUAAUGGUGUUGCUGCCGUCCUGAGCCCAUUUGUACUGAAGCAUUCUGCAGAAUAUUGUAUUAUGAUAUAAAGUUAUGAAGCCUAAAUAGGAAUGAGAGUGUAGUUAUAUAUUACAUUAAAUACGGUACAAGUUUAAGUUCAUCGUAGCUAUUUUACUGUAAUUUAUUGUGAGAUUUGUGCAAGCCAGUCUGUACAGGUUAAAUGCUGAGGGUUUUAUUUUAAGGAAAAUAGAAUGAAAAAGAAUAUGUACAUGGGAAAUACCCAAGAUGAUUCUUAAGUAUAAUUUUCAUUACAAUGUGAAAUCUUUAACUACACUGUUAAUUCCGGGAUGAAGCACAGAGGUGUAUUUAGCAGUCGAUUUUAUAACACAGUCUAGAAUGGAUAUUUCUUAAUUUACUAAAAUUGUUUAUAGUGUUGUGUUUAUUAAGCCAGAUUACAGCUAUACCACAUUGAUCAUGGUUUCUAUGAUAUUUUCAUGGUAGCGCCUAUGCUGAAUUAUCUUCAGCAGCAGUAGAAUAUUUGUAACAGCUUUAAUUUAAGAAUAUUUUAAAAAGUAAAUGAACAAAAUAAAUAUUAAUGUUGGAUGACUAGAGAUGAAACAGGUUUAGCAGAAAAUUAAGACAACAUCAUUAAAAAGCAACCGCUCUGAAUAAAAGAAUCAUUUAAAAACAAA